AUAGCUGUAGGUGUUUUGUACGCCCCUAUAGUUAGCCUAGCCAAGUAGCACCACUUCCUUCCCAACAAAUUUUCACACAUUUUGAUUCGCUUUUCCUUCUCCCGAUUAGUCCCGUGUUUUGGUAGUGUUUAAAGUUGUUGCACUGCACGUUACAAAACUAGUCCCGUAGUAUUCGAAACGUUCCCGCCCAGCGUUAGCAUGGUAAUACAGCGCGUUUGGCGUAGUUCGGCUGCUUCUGCUUCGUCGCUCAAUGUACCAUCAACAUCAUCAUCAUCAUCAGCUGCUGCGACGGUGGCCACUUCCGCCAUUUCCUCGACGGGAACGUCCGUGGCAACAACAGUUGCAACAAGUGCCUCUGAAACUUCGUCAACAAACAGCAGCAGCACUGGUGGCGCUUCGGUAAACGCUAUCGACCCAGAAGCCAGCGUCGGGUUGCAAAUGGGCAUGAGACAGAAGCUGAAAAAUACCCUUUCCGGCGAGGCAACGUUGGAGGCAUUGAAGCAACGCUACGGUACGGGCCGUUCGUUCGUAAGCCAAACGGCGAACGAUGCGGCCAUCAAAUCGCUGGAACUUUUGCGUGCCAACAUCCAGUGUUACUUCGACAAGGAAGUGGAUACGAUUGUGAAGAAAUUCCAUCAAACGUACUUUGUGCCAGCGAUUCGAAAUAUUAAGGAAAAUCUUGGCGAGGGCGCUAUUUCCGAUGAGGCACUCAAGAGCGUGUUCUGUUCCUUGUUGGAAAACACAAAGGCCCAAUACGCAAGUCAGCUAUCCUCGCCUGCAGGCAAUUCGCUGUCCCGUGCCAACACUCCCGGCAUGGAGCUUAGUGAUUCCGAUUCCAGCACCGACAAUGCGCCGGCAACGGGAGCUGCCACAAGUUUACUGCACCAAGCGUUGAAACGAAAACUGCCCGAACCGAACCAGCCGGAUUUGUUCAAGCGGCAGUACUUUCUGCACGGUCCUAUUUUCCCGCACGCCCAGUAUCAAAGUUUAACCACAUCCCAAGCGAACAGUACCAGUUCCGGAUCGAAUAUCGGAACCGGUGCUGUAGCAUCACGAACAACGCACGUGUCCUUUCCAACCACCGUCAUCACCCCGGAAAGCCUAUUCAUACUGGACUUUAAGGCAGCCCGUGUACUAGGUAUUACGGACUUUCGCGAUCGUCUGGCCAACAAACAUCCCGAAGUGUUACGCUACUGCCCGGACACGCAGGAUCGGGAUUGGUUGCUGCAACAGAAACAGGUAACACCACUGAACAAGAAUGGUCGAUUCUUUCUGCUAGCACUGGACGAUGUUAAAAAGCUCAUCGAACGAAAUGCGUUUGAACACGCUGUAGCUGGCCGGUCUGGUGACUUGCACGGUUUUAAGGUGACGGAGAUGAUUUAUGCAAAAAUACAAAAGCUGCUAAAAGAACUUACCGAACGGCAACGGGCAACGGAUGGUUUCGAAUCCCCGAAGGUACCCGCUGUUUCAACAACCAGACCACCACGUAUCUCAUCGCUCAGUUCCUCGCAUGCGACACUGACGGCACUGCUGUCGACACCACACGCGCAGACAAGCAGUGAACCCGUAAGCAGUUCCUCUACAGUACCCAGCCUGGAGGGUGUCGAGCUAAAGCGUAGCUAAGUCUGAUUCUAGUUCCUCUGUACAUAUCAAUCGAGAAGCGCACUAUGUACAUUGUGGCGCGUGGCCACGUCGGUUUCUUUACGUCUACUUGAUCGAAUGCUGUGUUGUGUACGCUUUCGGUGUAUUUUGGUGAGUUUUUCACGACUAAAUAUAUAUAUAUAUAUAUA